AUGGAUCAGUCCGUGCCGCCACCUCCGGAAUGUCCGGACGUUCCGGCACCUCUGCCGCCUCCGCCUCCGCCACUUCCGGACGCAAAGCGGGCUCCCCUGGUCGGGGAGUGUCCGAUGGCUAAGCGCCGCCGGAUGAACGAGUUCUUCGAGGAUGAUGAUGACAGCGACGACGGAGCCGCUGAGGCCAACGGGAAUGGUGAGGGCGAUGACGAAACGACGGCGGAUCGGCUCGACCGGCCGGUUACCGAGAAUCUGCGACAGUUUCAGGUGCUGGACGAGGUGCAGGGUGACAAUUCGGACGAAGAGGACGCCGGUGGUGAAGCUGAUUCCCAGCGCGGUGCGGAAGACGGCGACGAGUACGAGCACAGCUCCGACGAGGGCUCCGAGGACAUGAACGUGGACGAUCUGGACAGCCUGCUGGAGGAGAACCUCCCGGAGGGCAUGAAGUCGUCCGGUCCGAAGGGGAAAGCGUACGAGGAGCGCUUCAAGGAGGUGCUGGAGGAAAAGGGCCGCAACCACUUUGAGGUGCUGCCCGAGGGCUGGGUCCAGGCGACGCACGUGAGCGGAAUGCCGCUGUUUCUGCACACGGCGUCGCGCGUUUGUACCGCGUCACGGCCGUACUUUCUGGGGCCCGGAUCAGUGAGGAAACACGAAAUCCCGCUCAGCGCCAUCCCAUGCCUAAACUACCGGAAAGCGCUCGAAAAGGAGGACGAACUGCGCAAGGAAAUCGAAGCGAACGCUGCGGCCGCCGAAGCUGAAGCCCAGUCUCGCAGCAAUGCGGCCGCCGGCGCCGGCCAGGAAAAGCAAAUGCACAAUCCUCAGCUAAGCAAGAUGAUCGCCAGCGCAACGACGCAAGCGGAAGCGCAAGCAAACGCCAAAAUGCUGCCACUUAAGGUCACUGCCAAAAUCGAAACGGUGGACGAGAAUCUGAAGGCUCAGUCGUUGACGGCCGACGCCUUCCAGCAGUACUGCAAGAAGCUGUUCCGGUUUAAGACGAUCCGCGUGAUGCGAUUCAAGUCGUGGGCCGCCCGGCGGAAGCUCACCAAACAUCGGAAGCACCUGAAGAACCUUCAGCGACCUACGCUGCCCGAUGGGACGAAGCUGAUUACGUUUCCGGUGUUGCACACGGAGGGCGAAAAAGGUCACGCCCACGCCCGGCCAAAGAAAGAGUGGAUCAUGAACCCGAACGGCAAGAGUUACGUGUGCAUUCUGCACGAGUACGUUCAGCACGCGCUGCGCAAGCAACCCAGCUACGAGUUCAAAGAGCUGGAAAAUGCCGCCACCCCGUACUCGGCCACGGUUUCGAUCAACGAGCUCAAGUACGGCACCGGUUACGGAACGAGCAAAAAGCAAGCCAAAAGCGAAGCCGCUCGGGAAACGCUGGAGAUCCUGAUCCCCGACAUGAAGGACAAAAUCACCAGCAAAGACGGCAAAAAGGACGGACAAAAUGGGACCGGCGCCACCUCGUCGGAGCAGCAGGCGGCGGAUGCCGGAAAUCGCCGCAAUUUGUCCGUGUUUGACGAAAUCAUGAUUGAAGAUCCGCGGGUGGCGGAAUUUUGUGCCAAAACGACGGAACCGUCGCCGCACACGAUACUGCAGACGUGUCUGCAGCGGAAUUUCGGGCUCGGCGAUGUGCAGAUUCAGUAUGACGUGAAGACGGGCAAGCACCGGAAGAAUGAGUUCACGAUGACGGUGGGGAAGCACACGGCGACGGUGGUGUGCAAGAAUAAGCGGGACGGAAAGCAGCAGGCGGCGCAGAAGAUAUUGCAGAUCCUCCACCCGCACAUCAAAACGUGGGGCUCGCUGCUGCGGCUGUACGGCAACCAGUCGAUCAAGUCGUACAAGGAGAAAAAGCAAGAGGAGCAGGAAAUCACCGUGCUCCAGAGCAAAGCGGCCAUCAACCAGCCCAACUACGCGAUCCUGCACAAGCUGAAGCUCGAGAUGUCCAAGCUGGAGGAGCGCCAGAAGAACGUGCGCGUCAUCGGGACAUUCGUCCCGGACGUCGAACUGCCAACCGCUUCCGGCUCCAACCUGAAGAAUGUGGACCUUUAAGAUCUCCUGUGGAGAUGUGUACCCAUUUUGACUUGUUUCUGUGUACUUUUAGCCUUACCUUAACACUCUUACUUAGCCUAGUACUUUAAUAAAUAAUUCGGACAUGUUCGCAAUAAACGAAAGCCAUCUUCAUUACGCAAA